CCGUGUUCAGUAGCCCACACAGUGUGAGUUGCCGCCCUUGCUUGAGUCAUCGUUACUGCGUGUGUCGUGCCCCUGAAUGGCAGCCUCUGUCAAUAAAUUCUCCCCGCUCCUGCUUGUUUCAUCUGCAUUGCACGCGACAUCAAGCUUACAUCUGCGCCUGCCUCAGACAUCCCGUAUAUCCCAACAACUAGCGCGCAAUCCAUAUCUUUUUUCGAACAAUCUGACAACAACCGCAACCAUGACGCACCGCGACCGCGCACCGUUCGUCGCUCAGGAUCCAAAGGAAAUCACAAACCUCAUCCACUCACUGCAGGCGCAUGAGGGCAAGAAGGGGAAGGGUGGCUUCUCCGUCAAGAAGCACACAUUCACUCUGCCCAGUGGCCGGACAGUUGACUCCUGGAAGAUGAACGACUGGGACUACAAGAAGGAGCACCUCCCCACGUACGCACGAGGCCUCUUCACAUACAAGAACCUUGAUGGACAGCACGAGAUUGCUGUCAGAGGGUACGACAAGUUCUUCAACCACGGUGAGGUCACGAAGACAGAGUGGAGGAACGUCGAGCAGAACACAAGAGGGCCAUAUGAGCUGAGUGUAAAAGAGAAUGGAUGCAUCAUCUUCGUCUCUGGUCUCGAUGAUGACACCCUACUGGUCUGCAGCAAGCACUCCACAGGCGCACGUGGUGACGUCGAGCUCAGCCAUGCGAUGGCAGGUGAGCGUUGGGUAGAGAGGCACAUCGCGACAGUCGGGAAAAGGAAGGAGGAUCUUGCGCGGACAUUGCGGGCAAUGAACGCGACGUUGGUGGCCGAGCUGUGUGACGACGAAUUCGAAGAGCACGUUCUUGCAUACACACCCGAUCAGGCUGGCCUGUACGUCCACGGCAUCAACCUCAACCUGCCCGAGUUUGCGACAUAUCCUGGGCAUUUGGUCGACAAGUUUGCAGACGAGUGGGGUAUGAAGAAGGUCGUCUAUGUCAUGGAGGACGACAUCACCGAGGUCAAGACAUUCCUGGACAAGGUCGCCGAGACUGGAAACUACAACGGACGCGACACCGAAGGCUUUGUCAUUCGAUGCCAGGCACGAGCAACUGAUGGUGCGCCGUACGAGGAUUGGUUCUUCAAGUACAAGUUCGAGGAACCAUAUCUCAUGUACAGGCAGUGGCGUGAGUGCACCAAAGCCAUGAUUGCUGGCAAGCCUCCACGCUACAAGAAGCACAAGGCCAUCACCGAGGAGUACUGCGAUUUCGCGCGCAAGAAGUUCGUGCAGAACCCUGGGCUCGCAAAGGCCUACAACCAGAACCACGGUAUCAUCAAGCUGCGCGAUGAGUUCCUGGCUUUCCGCGGCACGACUGGCGCGGAGAUUAUACAGCAGGAACUGAACGCCGGUGCACAGGAGAGCAAGUCGGUGAACAGGAACAUCGUUCUCGUCCCUAUCGCAACCAUUGGCUGUGGUAAGACGACCGUUGCCCUUGCACUGGUGAAGCUGUUUGGAUGGGGCCACUUCCAGAACGAUAACGUCAAGGCAAAGAAGGGGCGAGGCCAGGUCUUCGCCGACACCAUCUCAUCAAUGCUCAUCACCAACCCUGUCGUCAUUGCUGAUCGCAACAACCAUCAGAAGCGCGAGCGAGACCAGAUCAUCAACGACAUCUCACGAUCUGUGAAGGAUGCUCGCUUUGUCGCGCUGCACUAUGUGCAUGAGCGAUCCAACUACGACGCCAUCCGGGAUGCGACACGAAAGCGUGUGCUUGAUCGCGGCGACAACCAUCAGACAAUCCAGGCUGGUUCCAAGGGAUCGGGUGAGAUCAUCGAGAUCAUGGAGGGCUUCAUGCACCGCUUCCAGCCUCUCGACCCCUCAGAAGCUCCUGAUGACCUUUUCGACCUUGUUGUCAACAUCGACCCUGUCCUUGACUCACGCCAGAACCUCGAGACAAUCAUCAGCAAGAUGGCUGAGACAUACCCUGCGCUGUUCGAAGGUAGAGACAUGCCUACUGACACCGACAUGGACGAAGCGAUUCAGUGGGCCCUGAACGACUACACACCUGACUUCAAGAUGGAUCUGUCACGAGGCGGGAAGGCCGGCCCGAAGAACCAGCAGUACAACAACAACCAGAUUCUUCAGAACAUACAGAAGAGCCAGGGUGGAGAUGCGAAUGGAAGGAAACAGUCACAGGGCGAGGCCAAGCCUAAGAAGGCACCGCGCAUGGAGUACUUCUCUGUUAAGCUGGACACUGCUCGUGUCAAUUCCAUCCUCAAUGCUAUGUUCAACGGCAAGGACCCUGAAACUGCGCAUCUCUACAACCACCUGAAGCAGCAGCGCCGCAUCCAGAACGAAUUCCAUGUCACACUCAUCCACCGCGCUUCAGCAGCUCAGAGCCAGCCAUACUGGGACAAGCUAAUCAAGCUCAACGACACCGUACAGGCCACAGCCGAGAACGGAGGUGCCUGGGAACCUGAGUUGGGCAAGUGCGGCGUACUCAUGGAGCGCUUGAUCUGGGACGACCGCAUUAUGUGCUUCGUGGUGCGUCUCAAUGGCUCCAGCACGCUUCAGGUCGAGAGCGAGGCCGGCACGACGACCGAAGAGCUGAUUUUCGAGACUGUCAACCCGAUUGCGCACGUCACUGUGGGCACGGCGAAUCAGAGCAUCAAGCCCAAGGAGAGCAAUGACUUGCUGCAGAGAUGGCUGAACGAGGGCUCCGGUGCUGCAACGGGCAUUGGCGAGCUUACGGUCAAGGGCAAUGUGGUGCUUGAUGGCAGUGUGCGAGGUGUGCUGGGACGAUUGUAGGACGGUCGUGCGAUAUGAAGGGUUCACGCAAGCGGUAUCUGGCACGGUCGGCACUGGCUUUGAGAGCGUAAGACAUCCAAAGACAUCCGAACCGGCGAUGACAGGAUAUGGGAAAGGGUCACGGGGAAGAUUGGAAGUCUGAUCGGCUUCAAAAGUACGACAGCAUGCAUGGCGUUUAGCGGUAGCAUCUCAGCUCUUGCGUUCCAGAGCGAGCCGAAGAGUAGUGCAUUUAACGAAGCAUAGUAGACUUUCUGAAGACAAUCAUCGAUAUAUGAAUGGACGAACGACCAUGAU